UAACAAACUCUCGAAAUUUAUGUUAUUUAUGUUGUUCUAGAAAAUAAAAUUUCAAAAUUAUAAUAUGGUCCCUUGAUCAUAGGUUAAAAUUGUCAAAAUACCUUAUUAGACCAACAAGCUGCCGCUAAGCAUCAGAAAAACAGAAAGAGCAAUAAAAAGAUGAGCAGAUCUGGUCAGCCUCCUGAUCUUAAAAAGUAUAUGGACAAGCAACUUCAAAUCAAGCUGAAUGCCAACCGGCAAGUUGUGGGGACUCUUCGUGGGUUUGAUCAGUUCAUGAAUUUGGUUAUUGACAACACCGUUGAGGUCAAUGGAAACGAGAAGAAUGAGAUUGGCAUGGUGGUAAUUCGAGGUAACAGUGUGGUGACGAUUGAAGCACUGGAACCGGUUGCCAGACCACAGUAAUACGAAUGAAGACGAUUAUUAGAGGGAUCUUUAUCUAUGUUACAUGAUGUUUACAGCAUUUGUGAAUUAUGUAAUUGUACCUGAAUUAACUAGCUUUUUUGACUUGAUGAAAGUUGCAUUUUCCUUCCAA